AUGGCGGCUUCCGAGUCUCCAUUCCGGGCCCAGCCGAGCGGAGACUCGAACUCGGGGCUGCCCGCUUCCCCCGCCAACCCGGAGCCGCGGCCGCUGAUUUCAGGUGUCCUUUGUGGUUCCCUUGGGUGGAAGUCGGGGGAACUUGGGGGUCUCUCGUCCCGGGGAAGAAGGGGGGGGCGGGGAGACGCAUCUUGCCCGGCCCUGGAGGCAGUGGAAGACAGGAGGGCCUGGCCUGCUCUGCUCCAGGGGCUCGCAGAGAGUCGGACACGACUAAACAGCAGCAGCAGCUUGAUCUUGCGCACAAGCUUGUGUAAAUAUGUGCACAAGCUUGUGUAAAUCUACUCUGGUGCGAAAGGCAUUAUAACGCGGCUUGGGCCCAAAGCCCAGUCCUAGCUGGAAGACCUGUUCUUCCUCCAAUAUCGAGGUGCAGGAUGAGCUGUUGACUAUUAAUAUCUCUUCCUCUGCCAGGGAUGUCUGCCCCCUCAACAAUCCCGUUUAUCGUUUCCGAAUCCCUGUUUCUGGGGUAAAGGACCUAGAGUGGAAUAUCCUUCAUCUAUGUCCGACUGUGAUGUGAUGCUCGAGUCACUAGCAGACCUGGUUACAUUAAAAGAUUUGGGAUAAAGUCAGGCUGGUUACUUAUCCAGACCUCACGGUGAGUUCUUUUUGCUGAGUGGCCUUAUGUCCAAAGGGGCUCCAAAUAAACAACAAAAUGAACUGGACUCCUUGGCAGGUUUUGAAUAAACAGUCACAAACUUUUUAUUGGUAAUAUAGAUAGAUAAAUUGAGGAUCGUUACAACUUUAUGAUAUGCAGAGAAUAACAUGUACUGAAAAAACAGGGAGAGGAGCUCGGAGGGUUUCUUUUUGGGGGGGAGAAGGAUGAUGUAUUUUUAAUAAAUUGUUAUGUUGAAAUUCCUAAUAAAAAAUAUUUAAAAAAAACACAAAGGGGCUCUAAAUGAGCCAACCAACCAGCGGGCCAUUUCCUCUCUUGCAGGAUGGCUUUCUUCUUAAAGAAGAUGAUGAAAAGUUCAUCAAAAGUAUUUCCAGCGACUGUGAAGGCUAG